AUGACCUGGCCACACUUCCACUUCCACCCUGGUCCAACGAUGUGGUUCUGCUGGACGCCCCCCUCCCCGCCCUCGCCCCCUGCGACGCCCACGUACAUCUGCCCCGGAAAUGCGAAUGGCGAGAACCAUGGCAUGCCCUGCGACUUCGUCGAGUGGGACGGCAGGUGGAAGCUCUCAUACAACCUCUUCGGCUCCGGAUCCACUGAGUUCGCCCGCGUCUACAAUGUGGGCAGCUACCCCUUCUGCAUCUCCCAGAGCGGCCUCUACUACUCGAUGUACGGCGACUACCCCAAGCAAAACGAGGAGCUCAUGGGGUGCAAGUACUGUGACCGCUUCCUCCCCUCCGAGUGA